UCGGGUCUUGCAUUGUUGCUUGAGACGUUUAAAGCCUUUUAAGGCCAGAUCGAGUUGGUCAGCUCUUCCAACGGGUCUUUCCUCCACCCAUGAUGAUGUGAUAAGAAAGGCAGUUCCAUCCUCUCUGACCUCCUCCAAUCAAACAGUGUUGUCUGAAUUUAAAUGCUGGCCAAUGACUGUUUUCCCCUAAAGUGUCUGAGUUGACAGUUUGUGAGUCUGCAUAAAUAGAACCCUUAGGGACCGUAAUGUUACAUUCCAACCGUCUCAAAACGAAACACAGACUUGUAGACGAUGUGUUCCCCUAGGAAAAUAACCAGCGCUGGAGUAAGAUUACGUUGUAAAUGUAUCAAGAACUUGGACCCAAGCAUGAAAAAGGCGACCAAGCCCACGGCCGCCUCCUCCAGAACCUCAGCGGGCACUAAAGCCCUCGGCAGAUCAGAAGGAAACAGCAUUAUGGGCACAGGUGCCAAGAUGACGAACAAAACCCAGAAUUCAGCUUUACUAUCUAAGGCAAAAAGUAAUGAUGAUCUUCCAGCGGUGAGUGCAGGAAGUGGAGUUAGCAACAGUAACCCUACAGCUCGAAACAAGAGAGGAACCUCUCAGAGCAGCAACAGCACUGAGACCCAGACCAGGUCCAAGACCAGCUCAGGUCUAUCAGGAAGGCGUGCAACGUCAUCCACAACCAAGGACCCAAGCACAACCCGAGAGAACUUGCGAGAACGUUCCAGAGUCAGCGCUGCCAAAAAGGCCGGACCCACCGAUGCUAUGCCUCAAAAACGAUCACGAUGCCGCACCGUAGUUGAGUCAGAAUCUCGUAUGAGCAAAUCCCGCUCAGACGGCCAGAUAAGCAAUAAAGCAGUGCUGGAGUGUAGAGUGAAAGACCUGAUGGGCCUAGCCAAGAGUAAAGAUCUAGAGAUCCUGCAUCUCCGUUCUGAACUUCGAGGUAUGAGAGCUCAGCUUGGCCUGGAAGAUCUUAAAGCUCCCAAUCAAGAAGAAGGGUCUGAGGAAACCAAGCAGACCCAGGAGAAGGAGGUUUGUCCUGUAAUAAGUGCCACAGAUGUAGAGUCCACACUUCUCCUCCUUCAAGAUCAAAACCAGGGCAUCCUCGAUGAGCUAAACAUGUUGAAAAGUGAAAACCGAAUGUUGAAGGAUCGCCUAAAUGCUCUUGGUUUCUCGCUGGAGCACCGCCUGGAAAGUCCAGAUAAAACCAUGCGCUUUCCUUCUCUUAGUCCUGAGCCUGUAGCUGGAGAUACCGGCGGUCACAGCGAAAACGGAGCUGGCGGUAUGCGGGCAUCUUUUGCUGAAGGCUCCACCGAAGACCUGCUGUCAGAACCGAGACGCGUUGGUUCUCCUGAUGCAGUGGACAGCGAGUGCAGUGAGGCGUACCAGCCAAUUACCUCCAGCGAUGAUGCUCUGGAUGCCCCAUCGGGAUCAUCUUCAGAAUCAGAAGGUGGGCCACCAAGCAGAGAACAUUCACGUAGGGGCAGCAGCGGGAACACCAGCGAAGUUUCGGUUGCUUGCUUGACUGAACGCAUCCACCAAAUGGAAGAGAACCAGCACAGCACAUCAGAAGAACUCCAGGCCACACUGCAGGAGCUUGCUGACUUGCAGCAGAUCACGCAAGAGCUCACUACAGAAAACGAACGUUUGGGCGAAGAGCGUGCCAUUUUGGUUGACUCCCUCUGUCAGCAAGGGGAGCGCCUGGAUUUGUACGGUAGACAGAUGGAUUAUUUCCGCGGCCUGCUUGACGAGCACUGCGUGGCUUAUGCCAAGGAUGAUGAAGACGCGAAAAGCGGACGAUACAUGGAAUUGGAGAGGCGAUAUGCCGAGUUAAACGAGGGCUCGCGUUUCGAGAGGGAGCAGCUUUUAGGCGUGCAGCAACAGCUGAGCAGUGCACUCAAGAUGGCAGAACAGGAGAAUGCGGAAGCUCAAGGCCUAAUGGCAGCAUUGAAGGAACGCAUCCAUUCGACGGAGAGAGCCGUGGAAAUGGAGCGGAGGGAGCGGGCCCUUGCCUCAGCAGAGCUGGAAACCUUGAGGGGGGUGUCCGAAGGGGAGCAGGUGGAGUUGAACCGCUGCCGAAUUCAGCUCGACCAAGAGAGGCAGAGAGUGGCCCAGCUCCUCUCCAUUCACAACGCUGGAGAUAAGAGCGACAUUCGCCACCUGCUGGACAGCGAGAGGUUAGACAAGGAGCGAGCGGAGACCAAAGCAGCUCAACUGCAAGAGGAGCUGGGACACACUCGUAGUGAAGCUGCCCAGCUGCAGGAAGCGAUUAGCAAGUUUACAUCUUCCAUCAUUAUCCAUCCUAAACACAUAUUUUUGUGUGUGCUGAAGUUGGAGGGUGAGUUCCGGGCGUUUCGUGAUGACGUCCAGGCGCAGUUAGCCGAGCAGAAGCGUCUUCUGGAGCAGCAGUGCUCUGAGCUGGAGGAGAAGGACACCGAGAUCGCCGACAUGAAAGAGACCAUCUUUGAGCUCGAGGAUGAGGUCGAACAGCAUCGUGCUGUCAAGCUUCAUGACAACCUUAUCAUCUCUGACCUAGAGAAUUCCAUCAAAAAGCUUCAUGAUCAGAAAUAUGACAUGGAAAAGGAGAUUAAGGUUCUUCACAGGAAAUUACGGGAAGAAUCAGCCGAGUGGCGGCAGUUCCAGGCCGAUCUGCAGACGGCCGUCGUCAUCGCCAACGACAUCAAGACAGAAGCUCAGGGGGAGAUCGGGGACCUGCGUCGCCGCUUACAGGAAGCUCAGGAAAAAAAUGAGAAAAUGAAUAAAGAGCUGGAUGAACUUAAGAACCGGAAGCAGGAAGAGGAGCGAGGCCGUGUGUAUAAUUACAUGAAUGCCGUAGAGAGGGACCUGGCCGCUCUGAGGCAGGGGAUGGGCCUGAGUCGACGUUCCUCAACUUCCUCUGAACCAUCGCCCACUGUCAAAACACUCAUUAAGAACUUUGAUAGCGCCUCACAAGGUCCUGUUCCUGCCAGUCCUGCAGCUGCGGCUGUUACCGCUACAGUUGCCAUCUCCAGAACCCCUCUCAGCCCCAGCCCGGUCAAAACACCUCCAGCCGCUGCCGUCUCUCCCAUACAGAGACACACCAGUAGCUCAACCAAACCUCUGUCAUCUCUGCUGGACAAGAGACCAAGCUACACAGACUUGAGUAUCCCAGCAGACCACCUCCUCCGAACAUCACCCGUUACACGCGGUGGCUGUGGCCUCCAGAGGGUGCCAAACAUGGACUCGUCCAAGUCUAUAUCAGGUGUGAACCCCACCAGUCCUCAGUGGUUUGAUAUUUUUGACUUUGACAGCACGCUGACGCUUUAUGAUCAUCAUAAUGUUGUGCGUAUUCUCUACUUGUCAGUUUCUCGCAGAAGCAGCGAGGAGUUGAAAAGAGAUUUGUCGGUCACCGAUGCGUCCACUCCCUCGUCGAUCAUUGCGUUAGGCUCCUCCUCUCCUCAGCUAUCCUUGUCUUCAAACUCCUCACCAACCGCCUCCGUCACGCCCACCUCACGAGGGCGUUUACGAGAAGAGAGGAAAGACCCGCUGUGCGCGUUAGCCAGAGAAUAUGGAGGAUCCAAGAGGAACGCUCUGCUCAGGUGGUGCCAAAAGAAGACUGAAGGUUAUCAGAACAUCGACAUCACGAACUUCAGCAGCAGCUGGAACGAUGGCUUGGCUUUCUGCGCCAUUCUUCACACCUACCUACCGGCUCAUAUCCCAUACCACGAACUCAACGGCCAGGACAAGAGGCAAAAUUUCACACUGGCCUUUCAGGCGGCAGAAAGCGUGGGGAUUAAGUCUACACUGGACAUUGGUGAAAUGGUGCACACAGAAAGACCCGACUGGCAGCGUGUCAUGACCUACGUGACGGCUAUUUAUAAGUAUUUUGAGACUUGAGAAUCUUCUAAAGUUGUUAAACUACAACGUGUGCCAAAACUACAUAUCCCAGAUGCCUGAACUGUGGUGGGCGGAGCUUGACCAUCUCAAAACUGCCAACAUUUAGCCAUAUGUCCAGCUUGGUAUUGCCAAACUUUAUUGUCUUGACGAUCAAAGGCGCAUACAAUGUUUCAGCAAGCAACAAACAAAGAUGAAAAUAUGAAUAGAUUGCCUUUAAAAGGUGCCUUGUUUUGUAGUUUUAUCCCUGUAUAGCAGUAUUCAGCAUUAGACUAGUAGUUUACUAGUUUAGAUCCGUAUUUAUUUAUAUGCCACAACAGACUUUGCCACACAGGUUUUUUGUUUAACCGAAAUAAGCUUUCGAAUAAAUGUGCCUGGGUCCUUACUUUGUGUUGCAAUAAUAAUGUUGUCUUUGUACUCUUUAUAUACACUAAAUGGAAGCUAAUACUGAAUGUAUAUGUAAUUUAAAAUGAAUCUACUUUGUAUUUUUUCUUUUUUUGGAAGAUGGCCAUUCCCAGCAUUAUUCACUUGCUGCAAGAACUUUAUUGUUUAGUAAAUCAGUAAAAAUAAAAUGCAUGGCUGCUUUUUUGGUUUCACAGGAUGUUUUCGGUGUAUCUGACCUCUUUGUUAGCACUACUAAUUGCUUUUUGACGUGUAAGACCAGCUGGGUUCUGGAAGCUUGCUGAUUCAGUUUGAGUUUGUUUUAUGGCUAUAAAAGCACAAGGAUGAAUUUGUUUCUACCCAGAUUAAAUGUGAAAUCCAUCCACACUGUCAAUACAUAGUUUGUUCUUCUCUUCUGUACUCUCAAAAAUAAGGGUGCAAAAGCUGUCAAUGGGGCGGGACCCUUUAAAAAGUACAACUAUUUACCUAAAAUGUGCAUAUUAGUACCUCAAAGGGAAAAUAUUAGGACUUUUUUUUUUUAAAGGUGACGUCCGAGUGACAGCUUUUGUACCUUUAUUUCUAAGUGCGUGUUAUAAAUGUUUGUCUAAGCUCAGCUUUCACAUAAAAUGGAAACGUUGCCUUACGUGUACAAGAAGAAUGCUUAAAAGCACAAUUAUUACAUCUGAAAGCUUUGCUUUUUUCAGUGCACUGCCUUCAUUUUUAAGAUUAUGUUCAUGGUUCAAUUGACAUCUUGUAAAGACUAUUUCCUUAGAAAAUCAUCCUUGAAGGGAUUCAGUGGGAUCCAAUUAAGUCUUUUGUUCAUGUACAAAAGGAAUUUUAUGUAAAUCGCAAAACUUUUUGGUUUAAAGCUGUAUUGUGUUAUGUUUUGCGUCUGCCCUGUUGUUUUUUAAUGCUUCACUUUGUCAUCAGUGUGUUUAUAUAUGAAAAUGUGUAUGACAUUGACAUUGAGUUCCCUGUUAAAGGUCAGUGACAAGGAAAUAUUGUUUGCUUUUUUAAGAUCUUGUGAUUUGAUAGCUCUUACGCUGUCUUGUGGAACAACAGGUUUGGCGCCAUCGUUAUACCUAAUCUAGUAUUUGCUGCACAAUUUAUGAGUAUUCAUAUUUGAAUAAAUUCAAAUUCGUGUCUAAUUUCCAUAACCUUUUGACAAAGUCAUAAACAGUAGCAGGAACAAUCUGCACAAUACAGUUUAUUCUGAUCUUCA